CCCAUGAUUAUACACGCGAAAUGAGAAACGCACGCACCGGGUAGCAUCUCUAUGGUCUGGCUCAUGUUGUCAAGUUUCGUUGGAGUUUCACAGCUUUUUCAAUAAGAAAAUACAGGUGAGACAAUGUUCGACUUGAAGAAAAGAAACAGUCUGACUCUGACAGGAACCCGUGAGCCAGAGGAAUUUAGACGAGUGGCAAUCCGACGGAAAGACAAAGGUGCGACAGGGAACAACCUUGAUUCAGAUGGGGACAGCGGAGCGUGCGUUGCUUACAGCUGUGGCCGUGCUCAGGACACUUUCUCUGGAACAAAACCAAACCCUGAACCUAAUACGAAUGAGGAUUUUGAAAACAGGAAAUCAAUGAAAUCUCCUUUCAAGUCUCUAGCGACUCCUAAACCAGCUCACCUUCAGAGGUUCCAGAAGACUGGGCAAGAUCAAGCCUGCCAUCCUACUUUGGACACAGUAAAACCUCAACAAGGAAAUGACACAACCAACAGAGACUGUAGAAUCUGCAUUUCCUGUGUUAGCCCACAGACUUGUCAAGGAUCACCCAGUCCAGCCAUAGCUAAAGGAGGCACCUUUUUGAAUCCGGUCUCUGCGGAACAUCCCGGUCUGGCUCAGGGGGUUCCAUACCUUUCAAGCGGUUUAGUUUCAAGAUCUCCAAGUCCGGCUAAGACGAGCACUCAGGGUCGUAGUCCACUGAGGGAGACGGGCCACGGCCCUGCUAAGCUGUCCCCAAGAAACCGUAGCCCUCUCAUGGCAAAGCUGCGCACCCCGAGCCCCGUUCAGAAGAAGAUGGGCAGCUUUAGCCCUGCCAAGAGCUCCAAGUCGUGGCUGGGCCUGCACAGAAUCUCAAGUGAGAAGCUGGAGAAACGAGAGAAGAAGGCAGAAAAAUCUUUAAGUGUGCCUGAUCUAAUUGCCUACAUGGAUGAAACCAGGAUUCCUCCUGAAAAAGCUGCUUGCUCUCCUCUAAGAUCAGCUAAUGGCAAUGGGCACGGUGUCAACACCAAGACCCCAGAUACCUGUAAGCCAAGUACCACAGAUGGAGACCGUCUUUGCAGUAAAAGCACUGAACUUUCCCCAGGACAACAAAAUGGUGAAAUACAGGAGAGAGUAGAGUCAACAGAAAAUCUAUUGGAUGAAGGCAAGGCACUCAGAGGACGUGCUAGCAGGUAUUCCUGUGAGUGGAAUAAAGCGAACGCAAGAGAAGAGAGCUGUCGCCUGGUUUCACAAGCUGACAAUAACGAGGAAGACGAGAAGAUGAACGAAAGUGGAGGAAGUGAGUCGAAAAGUGAAGAUGACAAAGAACAGAAAUUAUACAGGAUAGCUAAUGAGCUCCUGCAGACAGAGAGGAUGUAUGUGGCCCGCCUCCACCUUGUCGACCAGAUCUUCUGCUUACGGCUUACACAAGAAGCUGAUCGCGGCUCAUUUCCUCCUGACGUCAUAAAAAAUAUCUUCUCCAACAUAUCGUCCAUCUACUCAUUCCACAGCCAGUUCCUACUGCCUGAUCUGGAAAACUGCAUCAUGCACUGGCAUGAAAGCCCUGGUUUGGGUAAAGCGCUCCUGCAGCACGCACCCUUCCUGAGGAUGUAUGCUGACUACAUCAGGAACUUUGACCGAGCCAUAGCACUGGUCAGAACGUGGACCGAACGCUCGUCUGCCUUCAGAAACAUCAUCCAUGACAUCCAGAGUCAGGAAUUGUGUGGCAACCUCACCCUGCAGCACCACAUGCUGGAGCCAGUCCAGAGGGUUCCACGCUAUGAGAUGCUGCUGAAGGAUUACUUGAAGAAGCUUCCUGAAGAUGACCCAGAUUAUGAGCUUGCUAAUAAGUCCUUGGAGGCCAUUUCUAUGGCAGCAAUUCACUCAAACAGCGCCAUCCACAAAGCCGAGAACCUGAAACGGCUUCUGGAGAUUUAUGAGAUGGUCGGAGAAGAAGAAGUGGUCAACCCAGCUAACGAAUUUCUCAAAGAAGGUCGCCUGCUGAAACUCGCUGCCAGGAACACGUCGGCUAUGGAGAGACAUCUGUUCUUGUUUAACAACUUCUUGCUGUGCUGCUGCGCAAAGUUCAGCCUGGUUGGUCAGCGGUUUACUGUCCGCUGCAGGAUCGGUGUGGACGGCAUGCAAACGCAACAGACUACCAAUGAAGACCACUCGUACACUUUCCAGGUCUCUGGCAAGGAAAAGACUCUGGAGCUACAGGCCAGCUCUGAGCAGGAGCGAGACGACUGGAUAAAGGCGAUUCAGGAAGCCAUUGAUGUGUUUCAGAAGAAAAACGAAACCUUAAAAUUGGCUUCUAAAGAACCUACAGAAGAAACUGAACUUGGCCGACGAGCCCCUCGCUGGAUCAGAGACAAUGAGGUGGCCCAGUGUAUGACAUGCCAGGAGCCUUUCAAUGCACUCACCAGGAGAAGGCAUCACUGCCGUGCCUGUGGCCACGUGGUGUGUUGGAAGUGUUCAGACAACAAAGUGGCGUUGGAGUACGACGGCAACAGGCUGAACAAAGUGUGCAAAGCUUGUUACUCCGUCCUGGCUGGCCAGAGAGCCGAGAGGAUGGAGCGAAAAAAGAGAAGAAUGUUGGAGUGUGAAGCAUAUCCAGGAUCAAUGGACUGUGUUCUGAGUGGGUUCCUACAGUAUGGGGACAACGCCACGAUUUGGCAAGAAGUGUGGUGCAUUCUCAGUGGGACUCAUCCUCCAUUUUUCCAUGUGUACAAUUCUCCACAGGAUGAGAAGCCCCUGCUCACUGUACCGUUACUCAGCUGUGUGAUCGAGGAGCUGCAGGAUCAGAACCAUUUCAGUCUCAAACAGUCCAACACCAGCCACGUGUUCUCCUGCGACGAUCUGGAUGUGAAACAGAACUGGUUGACCGUACUUAAAUUGGCCGUGAUGAGAAGUUUGUGAUGCAUAGAAACAGAAAAUCCUCACUGUGGGGAGAACAAUCUUAAAAACAUGUACAUUAACAGAUAAAGGAAUAUUUGAAAUAGGAGCAAGAGAAUGAUUUUUAUUAAAAGUGGUUGUGCACUUUAUUUCUGACAUGAUUGACGGUGAAAAUAAAUAAAGCAAAGGUGUUCUUAA